GACACCUACACUGCACACGCAUGGCACACACACUGCACACCCAUGUGCACACCCAUCGCACACGCAAUGCCCUCCGCCCACGUGACGCACACCGUGUCCCCCCCCCCGGUGACCCCGUGGGGGUGGGGACAAAGUCCACGUAGAGCGCAGGGCACCAUGCGCUGCUCCGCUGCCGCCGCCGUUCUCCUGCUGCUGGUGGGGCUCAGCACCCGCUCCCGAGCAGCCCUCCUCCCGCACCACAUCUCCUCAUUGAUCCCAAUCCUACAAUCCCUGGAGGCCGACGACACCCCGGACACCCCAUCUCUGGUGCGGGCACUGGGGGGCUGUGGGACCCCCAUGUGCCACACACUACUUGGGGACCCCCCUCCCACCCCAACAACCCUCCCUGAGCCAUUGUCGCUGCUCACCCACCUCCUCCACCCCAACACCGAGACACCGGAACGCGGCGUGGUGUUGGCGCCCGAUGGUUCCACCGUGGCGUUGGCACCGCUCUUCGCUGGCAUCGAAGUGGGGCUGAAGAGGGCAGCGGGGUGGGCCGGCCCCAUUGAUCAACCCUACACCGCUCUCGACGCACUCUAUGCCGUCACCAUUACCGAAGCGCUGGGGACAUCCUUCCUCUUGGCGCGGGUCAACGGGAUGGCCGCGUUGGGACCCGAUGGGUGUUGGGAUGACGUGGACAACCCCCAAAACUUCACCCUGUUGGGUCCCCCAUCGCUCGUCCCCAACGCUGUCGCCAACGGGGCGAUGGAUGGGGUGCUGUUGGGCACCCGCUUGGCUGAAGACCCCAUGCCUCUCUCCAUCCUAUUCCGGAGAUAUUAUGGUGUGGACAAUGGGAUCACAAGUGGGUGGCCCCACAGCAGCCGCCGGCGUCAGGAUUUCGGGGCACUGACGGCCGUGGGGAAGUUGGAGGAGGAGGUGGCAGCGAUGCUGAGGGUGCUGCGGGGGCUGUCCCCCACCCGCGAGCUCCUGGAGGAGGUUGGGGAGGAGGAGGAGGCAGACAUCGCUCGUCAGGCAGCACGGGAGUUCAUGGAGGCGUAUGUUGAUUGCCCGGCCAUCGUCCCCCGCUGCAUGUGGGGUGCCCGUCCCUACCGGGGCACCCCUAGACCCUUGUCUCCACCUUUGGGUUCCAUCUACAUCCACCACACCUUCGUGCCCAGCUCCCCAUGCCGCUCCUUCGCCGCCUGCGCCCGCGACAUGCGCUCCAUGCAGCGCUUCCACCAGGACACCCGUGGCUGGGACGACAUCGGCUACAGCUUCGUGGUGGGUUCGGAUGGAUACCUGUACCAAGGGCGAGGUUGGCACUGGGUGGGUGCCCACACCAGAGGUCACAACAGCAAGGGCUACGGCGUGGGCUACGUGGGCAACUUCUCGGCCAGCUUGCCGGAUCCCGAGGCCAUCGCUUUGGUGCGUGAUGGUCUCAUACCGUGUGCCGUGAGGGCUGGGUGGCUCCACCAGAACUACACCCUGCACGGCCACCGGCAAAUGGUGAACACCAGCUGCCCCGGGGACGCCCUGUUUCAGGAGAUCCGGACCUGGCACGGCUUCAAGGUGGGCACCAGUGAGGAUUGACCCCGUGGGUGCUGGUCUGCGUGGGUGCUGCAAAGGUUGGAUCCUGGUCUACGCGGAUGGUGGUCUGAUGGGGGACAGAUGGGACACCAGUCCAGACGGACACCAGACCAAUGGACACCACAUGGAUUGCAUCCCAGUGAUCCCAGUCUGGAUGGGGCCUGGCCCAUGUAGACCCCAACCCAAUGAAUUCCAGAUCAGAAGGUCCUCAGUCCACAUGGAGCCCAACACAAGGGAUGUCAGACAGGACACCGGUCUGUAUGGCCCACAGCCUCAAGGACACCAGCAUGGACCAGUCCUGGCAUGCUCCCUGUGGCCCAGCAGACCAUGCCCAUAGCCUCAAACAUCCCAUAAUAAAGUCAGCGCCAGGAGAGCA